GGCGAGACCAAAAUGAGCUACGAAGGCAUGUCGAAGCUCUACACGCGCUACGCGCACCAACCGUUCACCAUUCUUGCUUUUCCCUGCAAUCAGUAUGACAAGCAAGAGCCCAAGAGCAACGCCAACAUUGAAAAGUUUGUGCGUGGCAACGGCACCCACCAUUGUGGCCUGGUUUACUGCGAUUGGACUGGUUACUUCCCGUACCCGCUCUUUGCCAAAACCAAUGUCAAGGUCAGCCCUGCUGCCGUAUUUUGA